AGAUGCGCAGGGCAUACUCUGGAAAUACAAGGAGUGCACAAGGCAUGGAUGAUUCAGCCGUCAUGUCGAAUGGUAUGCAGAAACAACUAAAGCAAACAACGUCGGACCUUGACCCAGAAUCUUUUACAUGGUUGAAGCAAUUUUCCUACAGCGAGAACCUGGCAGCCUUAAAUCAUGUGCAAUUCCGAAGGCCCACAAGCGAUGACGACCAAUACCUCGACGUCGGUUGCGGACCAGGUAACUUUCUCGCAGAGAAGCUGCUACCACGUCUGCGGCCCUUCGCUCGUGUCAUCUCCACGGAUAUAUCCGAAGACAUGAUUGUAUACGCCCAAAACCACCACAUGGAGCCUAAAGUUUGUUUCGAGGUCUUGGACAUAGAGAACGGAGAUGUUCAAUUCAUCGUCGACAAAUACGGGCUCUUCGACCGCGUCUUCUCUUUCCUGACUUUUCACUACGUUUGGGACUUGCACAAAGCCUACCGCAACAUCAGUCGACUGCUCAAGGAUGGCGGAGAAUGCCUCGUUGUCUACUUUACGAGGACUGGUAUCACAGACGUCUGGCACCGAAUAUACCAAAAGGAAGAGUGGCAAUCCCACAUGCCGGACCUGAGCUCGAUGUUCGCGGAGCGCUACUGCUUCGACGAACCGGUGGACGAAGAGAAGCUUGCUGCCCUGGAGAAAAGCGCCGUCACGGCGGCAGGCCUGGAAUUGGUCACGUGCCGGAAUUACUCCAGCACGUGGACGUUCCCCACUGCUGACAUCUGUCUCGAUGCAUACGUGCCGUUCUUCAAGCUGGACGCCAGGGUGCCGGACGAAAAACGUGCCCCUUUUUGGAACACUUGGAGAACUGCACUACAUGAGGCGUCCAACUCAAACUCCGGCGGCAUCAGCCUCAAUUGUGAUGUCCUGGUCGCGCACUCGCAGAAGCCUCCAGCUCCCAUUUAGACAAUGCAUUCCGUGCGUGCAGUCUUCGCAGCUUUCAACUGCUUGUGCUUCAUUUAAUUGUCUGCACAGUGGUGACUAGAAUUCGCAGUGAUGGGAACGUGCUUCCGUGAAUAA